CAAUCGUCUAUACAAAUUGAUAUUUGUUUAACCAGUCCAUUAUGUGGCGUACCAUUUUGUUUCGUACCAAUAUCGGAUAGUCGAAAGGUUAAAUCAUAAUAUAUCUCAGUGUCAACCGAUAAGUUCAUGUUAUUGUGCAGCCUGACUAAAGGAAUCAAGUCAGAGCACUAUCAGCAAUACACCAGAAAUAGCUUUCACAUCAUCUGUCUGCAAACAGCUCACCACAGAUUGAGAGAAUGAAGUGAUGUGAUAGGCAUUUUUUCUACAUCAAUCAACACAUGUCACAAACAUGCAGCAAACCAUGUCUCAUGUUUCAAAGAUGGUGCAUGACAGAGUGUCGCCAUCUAACCCCCAGACGAUGUCCAUUGAUUGUGGUGGUAACAUCAGCACAAUGGCCCAGAACAGGGAUGCUACCCAAGUAGUUGUGGGAGGCCGAUCAGUGUUCAAGAUCUACAGUGUUUAUGAGGAUGGGUUUGAAGAGAAGUUCAACCUGAGAGGUGGUCGUCCUGUCAACCUGAACUACUGUGCCCUUGAUAUUGCCUGGAACCACACAGACGAAAACAUUUUAGCAACUGGGGCCACUAACGGAGCAGUUGUGAUCUGGGAUUUAAACAUGAAGACACGAUGUAAACAAGAAAUGUCAGUGUCAAAACACGUGUUCACGCAGCACAAGCGUACAGUCAACCGUGUCUGUUUCCAUGACGUAGAGCACAGGACGCUGCUUAGCGCAUCUCAAGACGGACAAAUGAACCUCUUCGACUUGCGUAAGCGAGAGGUUGCAGCUAACUUCUCAGUGGGAAGUACCAGUGUGAGAGACAUCAACUUCUGCCCUCACAACUACUUCAACUUUGCAUCAGCUGAUGAAGCAGGCACAGUUAUGAUCUGGGACAUGCGGAAGCCGAAUAUCUGUGAAAAGAAGUUGACUGCGCACAAUGGCCCAGUGUUCACAAUCAACUGGCACCCAGAGGAUAAGAACUGGCUGGCCACUGCAGGAAGGGACAGGUUAAUCAAGGUUUGGGACCUUUCCCGUAACAAGGUGCUGCACACAGUGUACAGCAUAGCCUCUCUGUCACGUAUCAAGUGGCGACCGCAGAGAAAGUAUCACAUCGCGUCCUGCAGUCUCCUCAUUGACUUCAACAUCAACAUAUGGGACAUACGCAGGCCUUAUGUACCGUUUGCCACAUUCGACAUGCAUAAGGAUGCUACAACAAGUAUGAUGUUCAAGAACAAGGACCCUCACGUGAUGUUGAGUGCCAGCAAGGACUCCUACCUGUACCAGCACGUGUUCAGGGAUGCUAAGAGACCUGCCGAGGACCUGGUGCCCGCGGGACUGGGCAUUAGUGUGCAGGGCAUUGUGGGACAUGCCAACAGUGAUAGACAGGGAAAACUGUCGACUAUGGAGGGCGGAAGUUCACGGUCGUACUUCAACAAACGCAGCACAGACAAGAAUGACCAGUUUGUGGAUGUUAUGGCAUACAUGGAGGUGUUUAAUGAAACUGGGCAGGAGCUUCAUAGCUGGGUGGAGAUGGCCCAGGAGUAUGAGCUGACAGGGAAGCCAGUGGAGGAACUUUGUACGCACAACAGCAGUGUGGCCAGGUCACACAACAUGCACCAUAUAUCCCAGGCUUGGCAGGCUCUAUUGGUUCUGUACAGUGCUAGCAUGCCUGUAUGUACAGACAGUAAGCACCCCAGUCAGACGAGGACAUUCUCCGUACUGUCAGUGACGCCUGCCCCCUCUGCACAGGAGAAAACGGACAAUGACAAAGGCAAGGCUGCUAAAGAACCCAAGACAGACACUGAUGUGGAUGAGAGGACAUGUGAUGGAACGUCAGGGAAUUCUGACGACGAAGGUGACCUGCAGGAGCUGUCUGACAUUAAGUUGGCGAGCAUAGCCCGGGGCCAGGUGAACCCGGACUGGGACAUCCUGUUUGGGGACGGGGAGCCAGGGGCCGAGGAUUUCUUCAUGGGACCUGCCACGGUGAAGAAAAAAGACUGGUCUCUACCUCACGAGGCUUUCUUUCCCCGUCACGAGAUCCACGACCGGGAGACGCCCUUUGAGUCGUUGACAGACAGCAACCAUUUCUAUGACAGCACUGUGGACUAUGAACCUCCCAGCAACUUACCUACCAGUAAAACAGUAGAGACCACUCAGCUGACAAGGCUGAGCGUGGACACAAGCUUGCUGAGCUGUCCAGACUGGGGCUACACUGACAGCAUUGUCAGCUUACUCAAGGACCUGGCUGCAGAGGGUGAUGUGCAGACUCCAGUUACCAUGCUGAUAGUGAUGAAAGACCAGAUACGGGCCCACAUUGACACCGACCUUCAAGAGGACUGGUUCAUGUCAUAUUUAGAGUUGCUGGGGCGGUUCAAGCUGUGGUCCAUAGCGAACCAUGUGAUCAAACUGAGCAACCUGCCCGGUAUCUUUAUGCUGAACCAGCAGUCCACCACAAUACACGUCAACUGUAAUAUGUGCAACCGCCUCCUCACACGCUCCGGCUGGCUAUGUGACAGGUGCAAGAUGAUCACCAAUGUGUGCUCUAUAUGUUGCCAGCCUGUGAAGGGGAUGUUUCUAUGGUGCCAAGGCUGCUCCCACGGGGGCCACAUGCAGCAUAUCAAAGACUGGCUCCUACAAAGCAAUGAGUGCCCCAAGGGGUGUGGACAUAUCUGUGAAUACACUUGAGUAGUUAUAGCGACCCAGAAGUCACAGGUUUGAUCACCACUGUGGUAGCGUUCCUUAGAACGACCCAGAAACACAAAGUGCUGGUUUAACUCAGGAUACCAACUUGAAUGUGUUUCAAUAAGCCUAAGGCUUUUGAUGUAAUCAAGCUUUAAUGAAUAGGCUUAAACAUUUAUGUGAAUACACCUGACAACAGUCUGUGAACUUAGCUGACAUCAGCCUCUGACAACACCUACCAUCAGUAUGUGAAUAUGCUUGACAUAAGUAUGUGAAUACACCUGACAUCAGUAUGUGAAUACACCUGACAUCAGUAUAUAAAUACACCUUACCUCAGUCUGUCUGUAAAUACAGCUGACAUGUAUUAUUUACUGGCACAAGUUGGUGAAAUAUGUUACACAAGUCUGUGAAUAAAUCUGACAUCAUUAUGUUUAUACACAAAACACAAGUCUGUGACUCUCUGACACCAUUCUGAUAUGUAAUAGGUGUAAUUGAAUACAGUAAUUUCUGUGAAUAUAUAUAUGACACAACAGUAUGUGAAUUAAUCUGACGCCUUUCUGUGAAUAUAAAUGACAUUGGAUAUUAGUUUGUGAAUACACAUGUUAUUGGUCUGUGAUUACACCACAUAUCAGUCAAUAAAAUCACGGAAACAUGCUUUGAUUAUAAGUAAUCAAUAUAAAUUAAUUUAGUCACUUAAUAUCUGUAUACGAAUAAAUCCAACAUAUUAGUAUAUUAAUAUCUCUUAUGCAGAAGUAUUUGAAAACGUCUGACACAACAGGUCUUUGAAUACAUCUGACACAGAAGUAUGUGAAUAAAUCUGAUACAGAAGUGUUUGAAUACAUCUGAUUCAAAAGUAUGUGAAUACAUCUGACACAAAGUGUCUGUGAAUACAUCUGAUAAAAAAGUAUGUGAAUAUGAUUCAGAAGUAUGUGAAAAUAUCUGAUUCAGAAGUAUUUGAAUAUAUCUGAUACAGAAGUCUGUGAAUACAUCUGACAGAGAAGUAUUUGAAUACAUCUGAUUCAAAAGUAUGUGAAUACAUCUGACACAAAGUGUCUGUGAAUACAUCUGAUACAGAAGUAUGUGAAUAUGAUUCAGAAGUAUGUAUGAGAUAUUUAUUUAUGAACGAUAUUUAUUGGAUGUAAAUAUGUCUGUGUAUGUAAUUGUUAAGAAUGAGUGCAUGUAUGACAUGUUAUGAAUACAUAAGACACAUGCUGAAACAUGUGAAUAAAUAAAUAUAUAUA